AUGUCCAGCUGGGCAGCUUUGAAUAUUGAACCGGAUGAAGCUAUCGAGGAAGAGGUUGAUGACACCAAAGAGAUUCAAAUCGAGGAGGCGCUUAAGCUCUAUCAAAAUGCCCUGAAACUCCAUUCCCAGGGUCCACAAUUCUAUGCACAGGCCAAAGAGGCAUAUGAUGCUCUGUUGGACUCGGAGAUAUUCAAAUAUCCCGAGUCAAUCUCUGAUUACAAGAGAGUAGCCACUCAGGAAUCCGAACCGCAGUAUGAUGACACAGUGGCGGCGGGUGCGGCUGAAGCACUCGCGGAGUUUGACAUCAGUGACUCCACAUCAAGCACGCUGAUGCAAACCAUAUACCUAUCGUACAAAAACCACGGACAGUAUAUCCUGGAUGCGUUACGCGCAUCUCUGCAGGGUAUCGCUGAGUCGUCUAACAUUGCCGAGGAUCCCCGGAGCAAAGUCAAGGAAAGAACUAGCGCCGCCUUGACAUCGUUCGCAGAAGCCCUGGAACGUGACGACUCGGAUCUGAACCUCUGGAGACAGAGCGCAAGACUCUGUAGUGCUUUACAAAGCUAUAGACUAACACGAUACUGCCUGGAGAGCGUACUAGCAGACGAUGACAACCGCUUAGAGGUUCGGACAGAGCAGCUAGGGUUAGAAGAAACAUUUGCUGAAGAGCGCCUGCGUGAAGUACUGCGGUCGCUGCUUGAUAGGCUGUCUGUGGCUCAAGUGCCCUUGAAAAAGCCGAAAAAGGCUCUUCUCAAAUUCCUACAGCGCCAGGCAGACCCGUAUCCCUACCUCCCUCCUCUUCCAAUAGAUCUGCAAGACACAGAUCCGUCAACGAACCCUCUUGCCUUACAGGCUUCUCGUUAUGAUAUCAAACCAGCUAGCCCUACAUGGGCCGCCGUUGGCAAGUCUAUACUUCAAAGGCUUGCUGAUGAAGACAUCGGUGCCUCGGAGAUUGGGCCUGGGGCUUCAGUUGGUAUAUCGCUGCCUACUCUCAGUCCUGAAACAAAGGCCGUAGCAUCUCAACGCCGAGCCUCAAAUGUACAAUCUGGAGAUGUCAAAUCCAGCCAGCAGCAGGACGUUGUCAUGUCUGAGGAGCAUCAACCCACAGUGAAGUCCGAAGGACCCGAUGCUGUACCAGAGCAAGUCGAUGACCAUUCAUCCAUCGAUCAGCGCGCAGAGAAACAGCUCAUGGAAUCGCUAGAGAUUCAAUCAACUCAGCCCACUAAUCCUGGAAGUCAGCAGGAGACUGCAAAUACAGAUGAAGUUGAUGUAAAGCCGUCAAGUGGCCGGAAACGGUCAUCUGCCUCUGCUGUUACCGAGGACCAGGCAGACCGUAUACGGGCCAAAGCCAGGAGGACCCGCCUUCGUGAAGCUACCGAGGAUGUCUCAUUCCAGAGUGAAGAGGUCAAUAUCGACUUGAACAAAUACUACGAGGAUCGUCUUGAGAGUUUUACCCAAGCUGACGAAUGGCUGUUCGGUACUGUGGGUACUUUGCUAUCCAAUCUUGAUGUGACAGAGCUUGGAAGCAUUGACGAUCUGAGAAAACAAGUUUUCGCUACCAAUGAGGGCAAUGAAACUGCAAAUGCCGUGGCCUGCGCCCCUGAGGACGCAGAGUACUUACUGGUCCGUGAUUUGAUGGAUAUCAUCAAGUCCUGGGAUGAAGCUAAGUCCCAGGUCAUGCACCAGCCAGACAAUCUGUCCACGCUUCAAGACAUCCGGGGUAUGGGGAAAUCUGGUAUUGCGAUUUUCCUUGAACAUUCAAGGAAGUCGACCAGGAAAUUAGGCAUGAAACAAGCGCUCUCCGGAGAAGCUGAACUCUACAUGUUCCUAAGGAUAGUGAAUGACGGAUGGCUUUCCUUGCACGAUGUCGCCCUUUGCUGGCUCAAAGCGCUACUAAUGCCUGACUUUGCGAAAUAUGCGACGGAUGACAUAGUAUUACAGGACGGACCUGUCAUGGAGUCGGCGUAUACCCUUUAUCAAUGGCCGGAUGCUCUGAAAGAGACAGUUGUACAACUCCUGCUACAUGAAGACGAGUACAUCUACAGACAUAUGCGCGAACAAGUUGACAAUCUUGAGAAAGACGUUCUGUGCAUUGGAUCUGAAAAACCAUUCUCGUACAGCACUCAAUACUUGUCAGAUUUGGAAAUGCUCCAAACCCUCUUCGAGCUUCACCUCGACAUCUAUGCGUCUAUCAACAAUCCAAACAGUGAGGUUGAUGGUCAAACAAGACUACUGCAGCGCGAUCGCUUGGCAAGAUGGUGCUUGCUCGCGCGGACAUCGCUCACCCACUUCCUGGAUCACAGCUCUCCUAGCUCCACACGGGAAAGAAUGGUGCUCCGUCACAUCUGGGCAUCGACGUUCCAUUCAAACAUGGCUGGGGAUAUUCAGAGGGAGCAUGUCCUUCUUUGCCUCCAGGAGCUGAAACUUUUCUUGGUAGCACUCAAAAACCCAGCCAUAAGCCUGGUGAACAAUGCAGUGAUGCCUGAGCUGUCGACCGAGGCAGUUGAUCAAGAGAUCUCCAAACUCAAGUCGAUGGAUUUCUUCAUGAAAAUAUUUAACCCGACGUCGGAUGACCCUGUUGGUCUGAUUGAGACUAUCGAGCCUAUCCUCGAGCCUUCAUCUGUCCAAUUCGGCGAGGGUCUCGAAGGAGAAGAACCUGAACAACCAGCUUCUCAGCUCCUUGAAAUGGCAUCCUUCUUAGAUCGCGGAGAUGCUACUUUGAGGCUUUUCCUCUGGAAGAGACUACAGGACGCAUACAAGAAGAUUGAUUAUUCUCCUAAAGUCGUUUCCUGCUACCUCCGCAGCAUCGAAAUUAUCAUGAGGGAGCUUCGCACUCCUGCGCAUCUCGAAGAGCCCGGUGAGCACCGUCAGAUAACUCUGCUCAGAUGGCUUAAAUCACUCGACAGUAUCCUAAAUAAAGCUGUCACGAUCGUCUUACAUGAAUCAGAUAAGGCUUAUGAGUGCUUUGACAUGGAACACUUAAUAUCAUCAAUGUCUGCAGUAGCUCGUCUUACGAAGCUCCUCCACAGUUUUGCGUUGUACGAAGACUUGGUUCGCGUAGGGAAGCUGUCCGGACCGGAGGUCCGUGGAGCAUUGGCGAAGUCUCUGGAGGGUCUCAAAGAUAAGCUGCGCGAGAUGCAAGUACGUUGCUGGAUCCUGCAAUAUACGCUAUUGAAGGAUGCCAUUACACAGAAUCCUGAAGCUUUCGAUACUCCCCUGGAAGACCGCAUACAUUACUUACGAUCGGUGCACAAUGCGCUCGGAAUCCGCAGAAUGUGCAGGUUCUCCCAUAAGCAAUUUCUCAAACUGGUCAGGUCUGAGAUAUUCACUCUCGACGUGGAGCAGGACACCGAGUUGGAUAUCUGUCAAAUUCUGUACGAUAUCUAUGGUAUCAAGUUGUCCCCAGUGGAUGGUUCAUUGAAUGACCAUGGAUGUCCUCCCGAAAAGCUGGACCGCUCCACGGCGAUCGUCAUGGUGGACUUUGUUAUGAGGCAGGCUAAAAAGAUGAAUAUCAAGGACUUGUCCAAAUCUGAGCUGAAAUCUACUAUUUACAAGAUGCAGCAAGCCAUCGGUACUACGAAGUCGUCGCCUCCACUAUCAUACAACAAGCGUAUCAUCACCGCCUACUUGAAGUCACCAAUCAAUCCUUCAGAGAUUUCCCGCGCCAUUCAGGGAGUGGCUGACCUCCCACUGAUUCCUGUGCCUGCCGAGAGUGCAGUUAUCGCUCAAAACGGUUGGUAUUUCCUCUUGGGCCAUGCUGCUUUGACAAAGUUCCGCUCCCAGAAGCGCCUGAACCCCGUACCCACGACGGACCUCGACGAUGCCAUCAUAUGGUUCAGACAAGAUUUGGAGCACGGAACGUCAAGAUGGGAGACCUGGUACCGGCUCGCCCAGACGUAUGAUUCGAAGCUUGAGGAAGAUAUUACCUGGUCUGCUGAUAAGAUCAAUAACAAUCGGAUGGAGUUGGUCACCUGGCAACGCAACGCAAUUCAUUGCUACGCAAUGGCAAUUGCAACAGCUAUUAAAUACUCAGAGCCAACACCUGAGACACGUGCAAUGCUCUCAGAUCUUUUCACGGAUUUUGGUAUCCGUCUAUACUCUUCUUCGCGAGCGCCCCUUUCAAUGGGGGCCUUCAGUCUGGCUGAUUUCACGCGGCAUUUCAGUGGCGAGGAAGAUCAGCGGAUGUAUGAAGGAAGGCCUUUCAGGGAGAUGAAGCUUUAUACUGUCUGGAAUCUUGCGAGCUACUUGCUUAAGCGCGCCCUUGUCGACAAGCCCAAGAAUUGGAUUUGUGAUGAAUCCGUCAGAGGUUCUUUUAGACGGAUUGAAGUCGACGUUGUCCUGGAUUCCCUACUCGAUGCCAUUGAUGCCCUGCCGCAGCGGAAGGAUUCACGCUCGGAUCCAAUUUUUGAGCCACAUUAUAAGCUGGUCUCGAUCGUACACAAACUUGUGCAUCGUGGGACCCUAACGGCUGCGGAGGGAAGCAAGACGCUCUUGGCAACACCUUGGGCUCGCAAAGUCCAGCCUCCGGAAGACCAGACGGCAUGGAAGAAAUACAUACUCGAAGUGCUUCGGAGCCUGCAGAAAGCGGACAAAUCAAACUGGCAUCAUCGUAUGGCUGUCAGGGCUGCGCAUAUUAUGUACGAUGAUGACAAGGACUCUGCGGAUGCAGCUGCCUCCGCAAAGAACGAGCUUACCCAACAGAUCUUCACCAAAACAAUGACAAUACAGGUUUGGAGACCUGAGUUUGAGCGACCUGGUCGGCAUUUCGUUUACACCACACGGUACGCGUACUUCUUCGUCAAUCUCCUCGACCAGCUCGAUGAUCGAGCAAACCUUGACCAGUUGCUGCGCCGAGUGAGGAAGAAGCAGGGGGAUUUCAUCAACCACAGCAAGCUCUGGGAGGAUGCGUGUCUUACCUAUGCCAGGGUAAUCAGGAGAGCUGGCCAUAUCAGCGAGGGCCAUGAAGAGGGCGUUUUCAAGCCCAUUGGUUGGGAAGAAUUUGUCGCAAACACAGCUCGUUUAGAGGGUCUUUCACAAUUAUCCCCAGAGAGCCCAUCCCUUCUUGAACUUCUUCGAGAUGCUAUUGAGCUGAAAAAGCUCAACAACAACCUUAUGAAGGUCUCGUUGCUCGAAGACCUUAUUGCAGACCUCUAUGCCCGACUUUACGAAGUCAACAUGCCACAAGUCAUCGAACAAGCGAACGAAGAAAAUAAAGAGAAGAUGAAAGUCGAUCAUCUCCUCAUGGUUAGUGACGGAGCUGCUGAUACUCCUACGCCUCCAACCUCAGCCCCAGCCUCUGAAGCACCUGCACCUCGCGGUCGCACAAAGGGUAUCGCACGACGUGACGUCCAAAAACGAGCGGAAACGAUCGUGAACCGUAAAGUGCCCCCACGUGCACCCAUGGCCAAAAUCCCUGCCACCACAGAAGCCGAGCAAGCCAACACUUCCGAAGCUGGCCCAACCUCCGCUCCCAAGCAGACAACCAAAUCAGGGCUGUUAGGAUCUACUACGGAAGAUGUAGGAUCAGGACAACAGAGCGAUAUUCCUAACAGCUUGCACGAUAGCGCGGAUGAUGAGAGCGAACUCAGCGAAAUGGACGACGAGAAACUGGCCAAGCUGACAACCGAACGCAAGCUACUGUUCCCUAACCUCGAUGAUCGGGGCUCCAUGGAUCCAGAAUCAGAGCUAGCGAGUGCAGACGGGGAUGGAGGUCAUGAAAUGGAGGGAGAUACUGAGCUUGUAGAGGGCGAAGGCGAGACUAUGGUCGAAGAAGCCGAAGACCCUGUCGAUGGUGAUGACGAUGAAAUGGAAGGCGAAGAAGAAAAUGAAAAUGAAGCUGGCGGCGACGAAGAUAUGGAGGGUGAAGGUGAAGGCGAAGGCGAAGAUGAAGGGGAUCCGGAAGAGGAUGAAGAUGGAGAGGGAGAUGGAGAUGGCAAUGAUAUUACCGAAAUGGAAGGUGUGCAGGAUAACGACGAGAUGGAUGACGCUGAGCAGGCUGAGAUCCCUGGAACAGAUCAGGAAAGUGAAGCUGGAUCUGAACCGGAAGCAAUGGAAACCUAA